GUACAACGUAGACUAAGGUGACUGAAAUAUUAAAAAAAAAUCUGUGACAAUGAAUGAGAAUAAUGUCAUCGUCUUUUACGAGUAUUUCCUUGUUUUAAUUCUAGCAAGCAAGGUUCUUAUUAGUGGGUCGAGCGAGACAGUUCCUAAACCAAUUUCUGUUAUCGUGCACAAGGAUGUUUGGCGUGAUCAGGAGUAUGUCAAAGUAAUAAAUCCACCGUCUGUUUUAACAAAUGCGAGUAAUUUGGAAGUUCAAUAUUCAUGCUCAGGACAAAAAAUAGUUUCUGUUGAAAUAGAAGCUGUUAUAAAAUAUAACUAUAAGGAUGUGCAUUCAAAAUUAUUACACAAAUCCUGGAAAUGUUCAAAAGGAGCGUUAAAAACUCGAAAUAUACCACUCAAACUUAAUGAAAAAAUUGUGUUCAGACCGGAUUUUAUAAACACAGACUUGAUUUUUAUUGAUGAUGAUAGUGUUAUCAUCCGAGCCUGGAUAUUAAACACAGAUAUAUCAUCGAUUGCAAAACAGAACGACGACGGAUAUAAACGAGCAAGAGUGAAAGUGUUUUAUUUAUCUUCUAUUCCACCACCUUUCUCGCGUCCGCAAAGAAAAGUUUAUAACUCAUGUCUUAGCUGGAGAUACACAGUUCUUGUGUCAUUGUCUGUUUUGAAAAUCAAGACUUGUCCGUAUGAAAAUGAAGUAGCAGAUUUUCUAAAAUAUCCUCUGUCAUUAAAUGGUUUGCAAUAUGGAGUAUACAGAUCUGUAAAUAAGUAUAUGAAUAAUGAGCUGGAGUAUAAGAGGGUGCAGCUAGUGAAUAAACCAAGGUUUACAAUAACAGCAUGGGUGUAUAUUCUUGAAUACUGUGCAAGAUCUCUGUGUAGUAUUGUUCAUCGUGCAAUGUGGAAUGGAACUUAUAAUACUCCGCUGAUUUUUGUCACCAAGAAAGGAAAUCUUCACAUACAGGUAACGUUGACGAACGGAGAAACACGAGCUGCUAUAACAGAUAUAACAAUUCCACGUCAUCAAUGGGUUAGAUUGGUAUUUGUUUUUGACAGAAAAAAGUGGAAGCUUACGUUUAACUAUGGCAAAGAGUUCAAUCAAACAAAAUCAACGGAGUUCAGUUUUGAUUCAGCAGUAUAUAUGGAUGAUACAGAAGGAUUGUUUGUAAUUGGAGGAUCUGAUACAACACCAGGCUUCAGUGGUUUUAUAGGAAAGCUUCAAUGGUACAGGAACAAGGCUGUUGAAUCCGAUCAGAUUGCUUAUCCGGACCAACACCAUCCCAUGUUUCAGUUGGAUUUUGUUAACAGAGAGAUAAUGUGUCAGAGAUUCAAAGAAAGAAAUCAAAGACUAUUUUCAGCCUAUAAAACCAAAAGAAACACCAUUAGUGCAGAAGGUACAUGUCAGCAGUUCUUAUAUCGAUACCUUCAACAAGGGAAUCAAAUGGAAAUGAUCAAUAAGUGUUUACAGUCAGAUGAACCAAUACCGAAGUACCACAAACAUAUCAGGCGGAUAAUGAAAUACCAGGCUGCCAUGAAAAACACCUUUAUAUUAACCGAUGCAAAUCGCAUGUUGUAUGAAAAAGGAGUUAAACUUAUGGAGAAGGGUCUAAGAAGCGUAAAAGCAGCACUACCAAUAUUGAAACAAUCAGCCUGUUUUGGAAACUACGAUGCGAUGUUUAUGGUGUCGGUAAUAUUGAACAAUGGUAUAGGAGUUAAAGUUGAUGAAAUACAGAGUCAGGCAUACCUUCUCCUCGCUGCAAGAGGCCAACAUCGUCUUUCAUCACUGAGUCUUGGUCACAAACAUAUGUAUGGUUUAGAUGGAGUGCCAGUAGAUAAGGAGCAAGCUUACCCGUACCUUAAGUAUGUUGCUGAUACAACCAGGGAGGACAAAGAAAUAUAUAAAAACACUGACGUUUACACAGAAUCAAUCAGACUAAUUGAUGAGGAUCAAAUAAAACAGCAGACGGAUGAAGAUGGAGACAUAUUUCAUUGGCUUAAGUUUCAAGCAAAGAAAGGUGUACUGUCUGCCCAGCAAAACAUUGGCAGAGCUUUAUUUUGGGGAUCACAAGGGUUAAAGCGUAAUAUUCAUACAGCCUUGCAAUACUUGCGGAUGAGUGCCGAAACAGAGGAUGCACAAUCCAUGUAUGACUACGGUAUCAUUCUGUUAAGGGGACAUGGCACAUCUGUAAAUGAGACUGAGGCUAUGACGCACAUUAAAAAGUCUGCAGAAAAGAAAAAUCCUUCUGCAUUGAAUGCCUUAGGAUGGUACGCAUUAAAUUAUGAUCGAAAUACUACAGAAGCGGUAAAAUAUUUUGAGGAAGCAUAUUUAUUGGGAUGUCCUGAUGCAGCGUAUAAUUUAGGUAUACUUCAUUUAACGGGAGGAUUUCCUGGUAAAACUGUUGAUGCUGAUAAAGCAUUGGCAUACUUUAACUUUGCUGGAGCUAGAAACCAAAUCGAUGCAGGAAUACAAGUUGCUUCUUUGAAUAUGAAAGGAACUUCAAGACAUCGAAGACAUAUACAGAUAGGCGUCGAAUGGGCUAGAUUUAUUGCAGAGAAGAAUCCAGCAUUGGGGUUGGUUCUUAGAAAAGCACUCAAAGCCUACAGAAACUUAGACCUGCAGUCAUCGCUUUUCUAUUACUUGAUGGCUUCGGAUGCAGGAUUGGAGGUAGCCUCAUUUAAUAGUGCUUAUCUGUGCGAGAGCAGUCAGGAUGGAAUGGUAACAGUUAUAGAGAAAGAUUGUCAAUGGCGAAAUUAUAACUUAUCAACUCUGAGAGAAAAACAAUUUGUUCAUGCUUAUUCUUUAAUUAAAAUGGGAGAUUUCUACUGGUAUGGCUGUGGAAAGAAACAAAACAUAGAAAAAGCAGCGGAUUAUUAUACACAGGCUGCUCUUAAAGGUGACCCACAUGCUCUCUUUAACCUUGGUUUUAUGAUUGAAGAAGACUCAAAGCUAACAGACGACUUUUGGAUAAAACUAAAAAUACCUCUUAAAGACAGAAUAGAAAGAAACCGGCUGCUAAAGUCACUUUAUACAAGGUGUCAAGAAUCGAAACAUACAGAAGCCUAUAUACCAUGUACCGUUGCGUUGUAUAGGAUUUUGAUUUUAGAACAGUGGUUGAAAUACAAAUUCAUUUUACAGGUUGUUGGAUUUGUAGUAGUCUCAGUCAUGGCUAUAUUAAGUGUUGUGAUGAUCUAUCGACAUACGAAUGGAGGAACUGAGGCAUUACUUAGAAUGACGAUAUAACAAAUUAACUGUUCAUAGAUUUAGGCUUUCUCUACUUAAUUUUACUAGGAUGUCUUUCUAAUUCUUAUUAUAUCACUAUCGUGUUGAUUUUUAGGUUUCAAAUGCAUAUCGCCAAUGCUGUCUAUUAUAAUUAUUCAAUAUAGUAUCAUAAAGCAGAUUGAUUGCUGACUGUACAUGGUAUGGGUUAUGCUCAUAGUUGAAGAUAUUGCUUAUUGUUUACCGUCUUUCAUUGACCUAUAAUUGCUAAAAUAUCGUUAUUUUGGCCUAUGUUGAAUAGUUGUUACUUCGGCAAUCAUAAUACCCCAUCUCUUCUUUUAUUUAUUUAUCAUGAACCUUUCAUGAAAAGGUGCCGAAGUUUCUUGAAAUGCAGUGUGCAACUUUUAUCGUAAAUGUUUUCAUAAGAAAACAUAUAGCAGUUUGAGAAAAAUAUAACAUUAAUAAGAUUUUCAUUUUAAGAAAAUAAAGAUAUAAGAAGAUGUUGUAUGAGUGCCAAUGAGACAACUCUCCAUCCAAGUCAGAAUUUGUAAAAGUAAACCGUUAUAGGUCAAAGUACGGUCUUCAACACGGAGUCUUAGCUCACACCGAACAGCAAGCUAUAAAGGGCCCCAAAAAUGACUAGUGGCAAACUAUUCAAACGGUAUAAUUUAUAUAUAAAACACGAGGACGAGAAACACUUAAGAACCACAUCAACAAACGACAACUACUGAACAUAAGGUUCCUGACUAAAACAGGUACAAACAAAUGCAGUGGGUUUAAACGUUUUAAAUCCUGGUACCUUUGAUAACUAUUUAAUAGGGAACAACCUUUAUCCUUAUCUGAAACAAUAGUGUAACAUCAAAACAUAGAAAGACACAUUAUUAAAUAUCAAUUGAAAUGUCUUAACUCAAUCAAAUUAAAGUCGUAUAAACACAGACACAUUAGAUGUUAAACAAGUUCAGAAAGAAAACAAUAACCUUAAACAGAAUGCCGCCAAUAGAAUAAUGUUCACAGGUAAAUGAAAAUAAUUUUGUGUAUCUAUUUUAUUUGAAAUAUAGCACUCAUACAGUCAUGAUCCUACUCUGUCAACAUUAUCUCUCCAUAAUCGUAAAAAUGGAAGCCAUUGUAGGGAUAACGCGCUGCCAAUUUAUCUCUUUAAAGCUGAUUAAAUUAUCCACAUACAUUUUUAGCAUCAUUUCGGUCCUUAUUUGCCGGUUCUAUUUUGAUAGACAAUGAAUCUACUAGCUUUUUUGGAAUCAGUGUCAAGUAAACCUAUCAAAUAAUAUCGGAAGUUAUAUUUUUCAAACCGGAAGUAACAAAUUAGAUCUCUUAUUUAGAAAAAAAUGUAUAGAAAUCGCAUAAUUUGGAAAUCAGCGUACAAUAAGCUAUCAUUUGACCUAGAAAUAACACAAUUUAAAUAUUUAAGGAAUAACUUGUAUAUGUUUUCUGUCUAUGAAGUAAUAACAUAAAAGAUGUGGUGCACACUGAAUAACCCGCGUAGCGGGUUCUUUAAAAGUGUGUACCACAUUUUUUAUGUUGUUUCGAAUAGACAGAAAAAAUAUUACAGUCAUUUCUUAUAAUUUAAUUCUACAUUCCAUUUUAAACCAGAGUAAACUAUGAAAAAACGUUGAUAACGUCACGGUCACAUGACAAAAUAAUCACGGUCUUUGAGCUGGUCAGCCAAUCAGAAGAUUCAUUACAUCCAAAAUUGAAUUAUUUCCUUUAAAAAAUCAAUCUUUACGGUUGGAAAGACCAUUUUCUCUGAACAAUUGGUUUUUAAUUAUGUUUUAUAUCGCUUGUAUGACCAUCGGAGGUAUUCGAAGGUCAACUCGAUAGGUAAUUAGAUGGUGUAUUUUGAAAGACAAUGUAUCUACUAGCUAUUGAGCAUCAUUAAAAGUAUUUUCUUCCUU